UUGACAGCCAUGCCAUAACCUCAAAUUGGUAGUAAACAAAAACAUUGGAAGUUUCAUUAAAUUAAAAUGCGGCAUUUUUUCAAAGGAUAUAAUACGACAAAAAGUUUACAAAAAUGCCUGCAACAACAAUUACGAUCAGCACACAACACACAAAAGGUGCCAAAUGAAAAGUUUGGUGCACAAUAUUGCAUAAAUUUGGUGGAGAAGAACGAUUACGAAAACUAUUUGUGCACGCUGCUUCUAAAUGGCAAUCAACGAC